UUUAAACAAAUCCUGAUGGACCAUACCAUUAUGCUUUUUUUAGCUACACUUCAAUCAAAACACUUGCAUAAAAUGACAUGGAGACGCCGGCCAUCUUUCCAACAUAACCCCCCUUCAUAUAUAUCUUGGUGCAACUACCAAUUACAAAAGCACAAAGAACUCCACAUAGCUUCCCUCCUGCUUCUUGAUGAAGUGUAAAUCAUUACCAAACAUGGCUAUCAUCCCACUCCUCACUCUCGUCUUUAUGUUUAACUUGUCUCCUCAGUCUGCCAAGGGAAGUGAAUUUCCAUCUGCAGUUGAAAUAACAGAUAAUAGCAAGUUACAAACUUACAUCAUCCAUGUAAAGCAGCCAGACGGAAAAGUUUCCGCUCAAUCUGAGGAGCUAAAGAGCUACCAUCAGUCAUUUCUGCCUUUUGGCGCUGCAGCCUCAGAGAAUCAACAACGGUUGAUUUAUUCAUACCGACAUGUGAUCAGCGGUUUUGCAGCAAGACUGAAUGAGGAGGAAGUGGAAGCAAUGAAAAAGAAGGAUGGGUUUCUUUCAGCAAGUCCUGGGAGGAUGGUCCAGUUGCAGACAACACAUACACCCCACUUCUUGGGAUUGCAUCAGGAAAUGGGGUUCUGGAAAGAAUCAAAUUUUGGGAAGGGUGUAAUUAUUGGAGUGCUGGAUACUGGGGUACUGCCUAGCCAUCCCUCUUUUAGUGGUGAUGGAAUGCCGCCACCUCCUGCUAAAUGGAAGGGGAAGUGUGAGUUCAAGGCAUCCUACUGUAACAAUAAACUCAUUGGUGCAAGGUCAUUCAACAUUGCAGCCAAGGGCAACAUGCGAGUGUAUGCUGAGCCACCACUUGAUGAUGAUGGACAUGGGACCCAUACAGCAAGCACAGCUGCGGGAGGCUUUGUCAAGAAUGCUGAUGUACUAGGAAAUGCCAAUGGCACAGCAGUUGGGAUGGCGCCUUAUGCUCAUUUGGCAAUUUACAAAGUGUGCUUUGGACCAGAUUGUGCAGAUAUCGAUAUUUUAGCAGGGCUUGACGCUGCUAUUGAUGAUGGUGUUGAUGUACUCUCGCUCUCUCUCGGUGGAGGUUCAAUUAUGUUUUCUGAUGACAACAUUGCAAUAGGUGCAUUUGCAGCAAUUCAAAAUGGAAUAUUUGUAAGCUGUUCAGCAGGAAACUCGGGCCCUGUCAAUAGCAGUCUAUCAAAUGAGGCACCGUGGAUUCUAACCGUAGGAGCAAGCACUCUUGAUAGAGUCAUCGGAGCAACAGCAAAGUUAGGAAACAGGGAAGAAUUUGAUGGCGAGUCCUUGUUCCAGCCGAGCGAUUUCCCACCAACAUUAUUGGCUCUGGUUUAUGCUGGCAUGAAUGGCGAUUCAUAUGCUGCAUCGUGCAGCCCUGGAUCGCUUGAUAGUAAUGAUGUAAAAGGAAAGGUAGUCUUGUGCGAGAGAGGUGGGGGAAUAGCAAGAAUUGACAAAGGCCAAACAGUGAAGGACGCUGGUGGUGCCGCCAUGAUUCUCAUGAAUGAGGAGCCUGAUGGCUUUAGUACGUUAGCCGAUGCCCAUGUUCUUCCUGCUGCACAUGUGAGUUAUGCUGCAGGACUGAAGAUCAAAGCCUAUAUAAAUUCAACUUCAAUGCCUACAGCUACAAUCUUGUUUAAAGGAACUGCCAUUGGAGUAGAUUAUGCUCCCAUGGUUUCUUCCUUCUCGUCGAGAGGUCCCAGCUUGGCAAGCCCAGGCAUUUUGAAACCGGACAUCAUUGGUCCUGGUGUGAGCAUUCUAGCUGCAUGGCCAUUCCCUCUUUUAAACAAUACCAAUACAGAAUCAACAUUUAAUGUAAUUUCUGGCACCUCAAUGUCAUGUCCUCAUCUCAGUGGCAUUGCAGCAUUGCUCAAAAGUGCACACCGUCAUUGGUCGCCAGCUGCCAUCAAGUCUGCGAUCAUGACCACUGCGGAUCAGCUAAACCUUGAUAACAAACCCAUUGUUGAUCAAACUUUGCUUCCAGCUGACAUCUUAGCCACUGGUGCAGGUCAUGUAAACCCAUCAAAAGCAAAUAAUCCAGGACUUGUAUAUGACAUCAAACCUGAUGAUUACAUAUCUUACUUAUGUGGUUUGGGUUACACAGACCGAGAGGUGGGGAUAAUCGCGAGCCGUUUAGUGGAGUGUGCCAAAGAGUCGAGCAUACCUGAAGCACAGCUAAAUUAUCCUUCAUUUUCUAUUGCACUUGGACCUAGUGAUCAGACAUACACGAGGACUGUGACAAAUGUUGGUGAGGCUACUUCAUCCUACACUGUUGAGAUUAUCCCACCACCUGGCGUUGAUGUGAGUGUCAAGCCCGAUAAACUUGACUUCUCCAAGGUGAACCAGCAGAUGACAUAUCAAGUGACAUUUAGCAAAUCAAAUGCUAGUAGAAAGACCCCCUUUACUCAAGGUUUUCUAAAAUGGGUGUCUUCUAAGAACGUUGUUAGAAGCCCAAUCUCUGUUAAGCUGGCAUAA